AGACCCGUCAUAUUGGUGGGUCUCGCCGCCACCUGGGUUGCCGGCAUGCUGUUCGCGUCCGCGGAGCACCUGCUGCCCGAGGGGAAGGCCAUCAUGUUUGCGGCCCCAAUGUAUUGGGUGAUGGACGUGACCAUCAACAUUCUGCAGACCCCGCACCGUGCUUUGGUGGCCGACAUGGCUUCCAGCGAGCAGCAGGUGCCCAUGCAGGUCGUCUUCGUCUGCCUGAUGGCCAUCGGCAACUUCAUUGCGUUUUCCAUCAUGCAGAUCUAUGACGUGACCGUGGAGCACAUGUUCGAGCUGAUGCUGCUCGUGUGCGUCCUCAACACUGCCGCUGUUGGCAUCCAGUUCCUGGUGGCCACGGAGACGCCCCUUGCCCAAGACCCAGACAAGGAGGGCGCUGGAGCGUGCGCACCGGUGGUCGACGUGGCGAAGGCGGUGAGGGGCAGCCCGAGGAUUCUCUACCACCUGGCCUUCGUACAGUGCCUGGUUUGGGUCGGGCUUACCUCGUGGAACCUCUAUGCCGGGCAGUGGUUUGGCGUGUCGGUGUACGGGGGCGACGAGACGGCCCCGCAGGGCUCCCCAGAGCACGACGCCUACGCUAGGGGCGAGGCGCAGUUCGCACAGGGGGGCCAGUGCAAGGCCGUCCUUGGGCUCGUGUCCUCCCUGAUGAUCAUCAUGGUCCUCCUGCACACCAAGAUCCCCCCGAGGCUGGUGUACGCCCCGUGCAUCUUCGGCGGCGCCGUUGUGGCGGUGCUGGCCGCCUUCUUCGUUCAGCAGAACGGCCUCUUCGCGCUCGUCUGCAUGGCGUUCUCGGUUCUGCCAGAGGUGGGAUCGUUUGCCAUCCCUUUCGGCCUUAUCGCGGUCCUCAACAAGCGCGCAGAGCAGGAGGGGAAGCAGGUUAGCACGGCUCUGCAGAUGGCACUCCUCAACUGUUGCAUCACUGUGGGCCAGCAGGUGUGCACUACGAUUCUAGCCUGCGUCGAGGGCCAGAUGUCGCUUGCGCAGGCGCUGCCAGUGACGUUCAUGGUGGCGGCGGCCGCACAGGCGGUAGGCGGCAUGAGCGCCCUCUUUCUCGACGACAGCGUCGGGGAGCCUGAGGUGGGCGACGAGGAGCCACUUUAACAGCGGCGCGCUCAGGAGUAAUUCAUCGAAAACUGCCAGAGCCAUGACUCGGUGCCCACGGCACGGUGGCGGAUCAGGCCCGGGGCAGAGCGCCUGGGGGACGACGGGGAGGCUCGUGCAGUGGCACCAGACGCGGGCGCGCGGGGCCGUAGGCUCUGCUGGCCGCAGCCGCGGCUUGCCCCGCCUCUGCGCGGGCGGUUUGGUGGGCCAUCUGCCGGCGUUCCGAGCAGUCCCCGGGGGCUCUCGGUGGGUAUUUUGUGGGAGGGAGGCGCGGCAACAGGAG